ACAUGUUUACGUCACGUCCGAAACACCAGCAGUUUCCUGGGCCAUGACACAGUGGUUUAGAUUAGAAAACACAGAUUAAUGCAGAAGAACUGACGAUUUGUUUGCGAGCCGAGACGCCUUAAAUCACUUAUUCCCCGGCAGGUUCGCCGGCUGAGGGGAUCUAGCUGGCUGAAAUGGAGGCGGUUCCGCGUAUGCCGAUGAUUUGGCUGGAUUUAAAGGAGGCUGGAGAGUUUCAGUUUAGCGCGACUGUUAAACAGUUCAUUCUGAAGAAUUACGGUGAAGAUCCAGACCACUACAACGAGCCGCUAAAGAAGCUGGAACAGUUACGGCAGAGUGCGGUGAACGUGACGCGGGACUUCGAGGGAUGCAGUACACUACGCAAAUACUUUGGGCAGCUGCAUUACCUGCAGAGCCGCGUGCCCCUGGGUCCCGGGCAGGAAGCCGCUGUCCCCGUGUCCUGGACGGAGAUCUUCUCGGGGAAGACGGUUACGCACGAUGACAUUAGCUACGAGCAGGCGUGCAUCCUGUAUAAUCUGGGAGCGCUGCAUUCCAUGCUGGGAGCGAUGGACAACCGAGUAUCAGAGGAGGGCAUGAAGGUGUCCUGCACACAUUUCCAGUGCUCAGCCGGAGCCUUCACCUACCUGCGAGAUCACUUCAGCCAUAACUACAGCGUGGACAUGAGUCACCAGAUCCUCAAUCUCAACAUCAAUCUGAUGCUGGGUCAGGCGCAGGAGUGUUUGUUGGAGAAGUCCAUGCUGGACAACAGAAAGAGUUUCCUUAUUGCACGGAUCAGCGCUCAGGUAGUGGACUAUUAUAAAGAAGCUUGCAGAGCCCUGGAGAACUCCGACACCGCCUCGAUGCUCGGAAAGAUCCAAAAAGACUGGAAGAAACUUGUGCAGAUGAAGAUUUACUAUUUUGCUGCUAUCGCUCAUCUGCACAUGGGCAAGCAGGCGGAGGAGCAACAAAAAUAUGGAGAAAGGCUCACUUAUCUUCAGAGUUCACUAGACAAGCUGACCGAGGCGAUAAAGUUGGCUAAAGGGCAGCCGGACAGCGUGCAAGAAGCUUUACGCUUCACCAUGGACGUCAUCGGGGGAAAAUUUAACUCCGCUAAAAAAGACAAUGACUUCAUUUACCAUGAGGUUGUGCCGUCUCUGGAGACGCUGUCUUCGGUUAAAGGUGCACCUCUAGUCAAAGCCUUACCAGUGAAUCCAACAGACCCGAGUGUGACAGGACCAGAUAUUUUCUCCAAGCUGGUGCCUAUGGCUGCUCACGAGGCCUCCUCGCUCUACAGUGAAGAAAAGGCGAAGCUGCUGCGAGACAUCAUGGUAAAAAUAGACAGCAAGAAUGAGACGUUAGAGCAAUUCAUGGACUCUUUGAAUCUGGACCCAGACUCUGUGGACAACAUGGAGAUGUACAGCAGUAUUCCCUCUGUACUCAUGGAGAAGUGUGCGGCUCUGAGCGUGAGACCGGACACAGUAAAGAGUCUCAUACAGUCCAUGCAGGUACUAUCGGGAGUGUUCACGGAUGUGGAAGCCUCCCUGAGGGAGAUUCGGGCAGUGUUAGACGACGAUGAAGCGGGCGAUCGAAAGGUGGAGGAAGUAGCAGGGAAGCUGAGCAUCCCAGCACAACCUGCCACCAUCACUGAGAUCCGUAGGGACCUCGAAAAAUACCUGGAAGCCCAUGAGAAAGCAAGCUUCACCAACACAGAGCUUCACCGGGCCAUGAAUCUGCACAUUAGCAACCUGCGAUUGCUCGGUGGACCACUGGACACUCUGAGAGAGGCCCUGCCCAGGCCACAGCUUUCUGAAGAUGAAGUAGCAGGACUCCAGUGCAUGAAAAGAAUUCUGGGUAAAGUACAGGAGAUGAAAGACCAGCGCAGUUCUCUUGAGAAGCAGCUGAGGGAGCUGAUCCAGCAGGAUGAUAUCACCACUGCUUUAGUUACCACCGAGAGAACUGAUAUGAAGAGGUUGUUCGAAGAGCAGCUGAAGAAGUAUGAGCAGGUUAAGGUGUACAUCGAUCAAAAUCUAGCUGCUCAAGAGAACAUCCUGAAGGCACUGACCGAUGCGAACGUCCAGUACGCAACUGUGCGCAAGAGCCUGACCGAGACGGAACUGAAAUGGAACAGUACCGUGCAAAUGCUUGUUGCUUCCUAUGAAGCCUAUGAAGACCUGAUGAAGAAGUCGCAGGAGGGAAAAGAGUUUUAUGAAGACUUGGAGGCUAAGGCUUCUCGCCUUUUAGAAAGGGCUAAGACCAUUUGCAAGACGAGGGACGAAGAGAGACAAGCCAUUUUGGAAAAAGAGCUCCAAAAAAAGGUUCCUCAAAGGCCCACAGCCCCAAAACCAUCCCAAAAGAAAGCCCCAGAUAUAGACACCUCUGGAAUCGAGGACCCUGAGAUAGCCAAGCUGAAUGCUGCUAUUCUAGCCUUAGGUGGAGACUUGCCAGAAGAACUUCGUAGUUUGCCUCCUGAGAUGUCUCUUCCCAUGAUGCCAGAAGCUUUUCAUCAAGGGCCUGCUACUCUUUAUGCACCACCAAGAUUUCCUUCGAACCUACCUCCUCCUGAGCUCCUUGCACAAAUCUCGCGUUUUACAACGCUUCCCCCCGGUUUCAACCCUAAUUUUCCACCAGGCCCCCAGCAACAUCACAUUCCUCAGAUGCCCAAUCCGCAAGUCUCUAGGCUUCCUUCUGUGCCUGGGUAUCGUCUACCAUCUUUACAAACCCAGCCAGGUGUAUCAGGCCCACCAACUCCUAUUCGCACAUCCACCACCACUGUGGACUGUGUGCAAACACCUAUUUCCAGUUACACCCCAGCACCAGGACAACCAUCCAUGCCCACCCCCACCCCUGGACACCGUAUGCCCACUCCUGUGAUGUAUAACCCUCCCCCUCCAGUGGCUUCUCAGCCUCAGUAUUUGCAUCAGCCUGGCGCUCCUGUGAACCAGCCACCUCAGGUAGUUCAAGCUUCUCAACCACAGUCUCAGCACCCUCAACAAUUCUUUCAAGCCCGCGGACAGGUCCAGCCACAGCAAUUUUUCCAGCCGCUGCCUGUUCAGCAGCAGAUAUCUGCACCUGCAACUAGACCUCAACUCCCACAACACACUCAGCCACACUACAUGCACCACAUGGCUCAACAGAGACCACCAGGACCACCUAAUCUUCAGCAACGACCCUUUAACAUACACUCUGCACCAUCUCCACUGCAACAGCAAGUGUACCCUCCUGUUUCUUUUGUUCCUGCUUGCCAACCUGUUGCUCCAAAUCAGCUGCCCCAUCAUUCUGUUCAACCGCAAAUGCCCCCAUCCUCCCAGGCAAUGCCGCAAGUUUCUAUGCCACAUUUACCAAACGUAAAACAACAAAUGCCCCCUUGUUCCCAGCCCUAUAUGCCCCCAGUCAAUCAGCAUGUACAGCAUAUUCCCUCUCCACAAACUCCUCUUUCCUCACAGCAGCUACCACACACAGGCCAUGGGCAAAUGCCUCCCACUUCGCAACAAAUGCCUUCGCAUUCGCUACCAUCUUCCUCCCAAAUGUCUCCUCCCACUCACAUGCAAAUGCCUCCGGCUUCUCAACCAGUCAUGCAUCCCUCUCGCCCACCAUUACCCUCGGUUUCACAGUCUUUACCUCACCCGUCUCACCCACCGGUUCCCAGUGUUUCCCAACCAUUACCACAUUCCUCCCAUCCACAAAUCCAUCCUCCCUACCAGCCUGGGUUUCCAGCAAACACACCAAGGGUUCCAGUGCAGCCUCAGUUACCUCCAUCAAUGCACAGCAAUGCUCUUUCUUCACAGCCCCAUGGCAAUCUUCCCUCACAGCUCCCUUCUGGACCUCGACCUUCAGUGCCCCCACAGAUAUCCCAGCAACCGAUAGGUUUGCCUCCGGGCCAUCUUUCUCCUCACUCCACACCCAUGGGUUAUCCUGGUGGUAUUCCGAUAGUUCCCCACCAAUCCACAGUUCCUCAGCAGCCACAGUCUCUGCCUCCACAGGUUCCAGGGACGGCACCAGCGUCUUACCCUGGGGCACAUGCUGGCAUCAUUCCUCCUGGACCGAUCCAGCAUUCCGGAAUGCAGUCACUUCCUCCAGGUAUGAUCCCUCCAUCUUCAGCUGCACCAGGGGCUGGACCGAGCAGCAUCCUACCUGCCCCAUCGCCUUCUCCAUCACCAGGACCUUCUUCACUAGGUAUCGUACCACAAAGACCCUCUCCUGCUCUGACACCCGUUGCAGGUUCGGCGAUACCGCAAUCUUCAACAACACCCCUGCCCUCGUCUGGCCUAUUGCCACCAUCCAGCUCGCUGUUUCAGCACCAGAAUUCCAGUACAGACGAUCUUCUCUCUUCAAGCCCCGAGAGCCAACAUGGUGGAAGCAAAGACACCGCUAACGUCUUAUUACCCACCAAGGCCGACCCUCAAGAUGAGCAGCAUCGCAAGAAAUCGGAGGAAGUCAAGAUUAUUCAAGGCGAUCCAUACCAGGCUCCCGAAAGGGUCUCGCAGCUUUGUGCAGAGCUCGAAAGGUUUCGGGGAACUGUCCAGUCUUUAGAGCGUCCUUCAGGAGAGGGAGGAUUAUCAGAACUUGACGCUCGAUGGAAGGACCUGCAGGAUCAGCAAGAGAAGGAUUCUCGUCAGCUCUCUAUCGCUAUCGCCCGCUGCUACACCAUGAAAAACCGCCAUCAGGACGUCAUGCCUUACGACUGUAACCGAGUUGUUUUGCACUCUGGCAAAGACGACUACAUCAAUGCCAGCUUCAUCGAGGAUCUUUCACCAUACUGCCCUCGUUUUAUCGCAACACAGGCUCCCCUUACCGGAACCGCGGCAGAUUUCUGGCUAAUGGUCUACGAACAGAAAGUGUCUCUAAUUGUAAUGCUGGUGUCUGAGCAAGAACUUGAAAAGCAAAAAGUCCUGCACUACUUUCCAUCUGAAAGAGGACAAAAGAUCACUCAAGGCUCAAUCACACUCAGUCUGACUACCGAGAAAAACACCACCACUCACGUGGAGCGCAUGAUAGGACUGCAAUAUCGAGAUCAGAGCCUAAAGCGCACCGUCGUCCAUCUGCAGUUCACCUCGUGGCCUGAACUUGGCUUGCCGGAGAGUAAGAGUAACCUCAUUCGCUUCAUUCAGGAAGUCCACAGACAUUACCUUCUCCAGCGGCCGUUACACACACCCGUGGUGGUGCACUGCAGCUCUGGUGUCGGCCGAACCGGAGCUUUCUGCCUGUUGUAUGCUGCACUACAGGAGCUGGAGGCUGGGAAUGGUAUACCUGACCUUUCCCAUCUGGUGAGGAAGAUGAGAAAACAGAGGAAAAACAUGCUACAGGAGAAGUUACACCUAAAGUUCUGUCAUGAGGCAGUGCUGAAACACGCAGAGCAGGUGCUUCAGCGUCGUGGCAUCAUCACCACCCCAAGCCAAAAGUCCAUAAACAGUGCAGCAGUCAAGCAGUACUCGCAGCCAGAGUCCCAGGAUAUCGUUCUUGGAGGUGAUAUGUCCAUUAGCUCCAUCCAGGCUACAGUGGCUAGGCUCAGCAUCCGUCCUCCUAGCCUCGAGUCUGAACAGGACCCAAAUCAGGACCCGAUGCCUUCAAUUGCUACGGGACUAGAACCUGAGCUGGCACUAGUCCAUGACCUCCAGGCUCCUUCUUUGACCGACGCUUUUCCUGCCUCACUAAGUCCCCCGUCUUCCUCCCCUGCUUCUCCGUGCAAGAUGCAGUCUCCUUCACCUCCUAAUCACCAGGGUAAUGGGUUUGAAGGUUUCGCACCCAUGCCCGUAUCAAACAACCAUCAUGCACCUGAAGCAGCUCCUCCAGCAUCGUCAUCUCUGGACCUCCUGGCUUCGCUAACACCUGAAGCUUUUACGCUCGAUAGUGGUUGCCGUGGCAAACCGCGAAUUAACAAGCAGAGUUUCUUCUUGCCACAGGAAGGCCACGGUCUGCAGGGUCCUCCGAAUGGAGAUGAUCCACUCAGCACCCUGGAUCCUCUUUGGACUCUGAACAAGUCCUGACUUCCUGAAAUUUCUUUUCGAGAGGCUGCUUCAUGUUAGGCCUCAGUGUUCUGUAUUCCCAGAUCAAAUCGACCAUUCAGCGUUUUUGCUGCUUAUUCACUAGAUUUUUAGUUGGCAGCAAAAUGCCCAGAUUCCUGAACCCAUGUCCACAGCCUGUCUCUUCAAGUCUGCGCUUUUCCAGCAAUGCCCUACUUGUUCCUUUGAACCGUUUCCCAGCAUGCGCAUGUCUGCUGAAGAUGACCCGGACCUUCUGCAUCUCAACACCAAACUCAGUCUUUAACAAUGAGGUAAAAGAACUUGAUAGAAGGGGACAACGGAUUUAAAAUGGGAUUUGGAGGUGAAUCCACGAGUUUGUAAUUCGGAUCAGUUUGAAUCUUUAAAGUGUGUUUGACAAACGGUUGCUUCUUCUACUUGAACAGAUUCCCCUCAUGCCACUUCACUGCUCGUGUUGACGCCUGUUUGUUGUCGGCUGCAACCAAGUCGGAAAACGGAUAGAUAUCUGACAAAAAAGUGCUAACUUUAUAUUAGCAUAUGUUUAAAAACGCUAGUAAGGACCAGCUCACAAGCGCAUUAAGUAAAGCUACAUUCUACUAACGUAAAGGCAAACUUCUAACGUUAGCCGUUUUUGGGGGAGUGUUUGCUAAAUCUAUAUACGUGACGCUGGUAAGGCUAUGUACUCACUUUCCUUAUAAUCCAUUAUAACCUUAUAACUUAUUUCUGAUUCAGUACACCAUAAACUUGACAUUUCUGAUUUGAUUAUAUUCUGCCUUGUUCAAUGUUGUAAAUAUCAUAAUUAAAAUCAAUCUCAUCGAA